CACAUACAUGUUAACAUGCUAUCUCAGUUUCUUAUUCUCCGUGCAAACUUCCCCUCCUGCUGGACACCAUCCUUUGAUCGAAGUGAUAUUUUUGUGUUUCCAGGUCCAAUUGUUUCUCAUCUAGUUGGACCGAUUACUUGGACAAGUCCCUCAGGUUACGUCUACUGUCCUUGCUGCUCGCCUGUGGGAGGAGGGAUGACUCAACCCUCACCCAUCCCCAGUGGAAGGACCCACUAUAAUCAGCCGUACUCAUACAACAACUUUGGAGAGGUGGUGUUUCCUCUGAUGUCCACGAACUACUCACAUGGUCCUUAUUAUCAGCCCCUCACCAUGCAGUACACCACAGCUCCCUGGACUCCAGACCGACCGACACAGCUUUUCAAUCAGAGCUUUGUGGACUGUGGAGUCCAGACUGUGCUGUAGUUUUUAGCUACUGAGCCCCGUGGCAGAUGCAGGCCGCGGUGGCUUUUGGGAAUCGGAGCGCAGACGAGAUGACAUCUGUGGUUCUGGACGUCUGGGAGCAUCCCAACUUUCCAGAGGGCCUUUGCUCUUCCCUGUCUCUGCUUUAGUUUGAGCUAUUUUAACAUCGGACAGUUUUCUGCUUCAGCUGAUCCCAGCCAUUUUACCCAGGAAUGAUGAGGCUGAUCUGUGAUCAGAUGCUUUUAACUCACACAGAUCACAGUGACUAUCGUACAUGAAGAGUUUCUACCAGCUGACACAAGGGGUCACUUUAGUUGUUCUGUUUUUUCUAAUACCGGAGAAUGAAAAGACUUAGACUCACAUUUUGGUGUGUACUUCUAAUUUAUUUAUGUUUUCACUUUUUUAUUUCAGUUUCUUUAUGUGGGUUUUGCUCCUGGUUAAAGGCUCUGCACGUUUCUAUGUGAAUAUUAUAAACGUCUUGACAGCAGUCUGGUUGUUUUCUACACUGGAGAUGUUCUGGUUCAUUAUAAUGCUUCUCUGAUUACAAUCUUUUAUUCACUUUUCUACUCAAACACAAGAAGGAUCAAACAUUGAUUUUAAACUGUUCACUGUUCACGUUGUUACUGUAACUCGGCAGCAUAUUUUAUAUUUCAAAAGUGCGGCACUUGUUGGAAUGUUAACCUGGUGUUUGGUGUGCUUUACUUUUAAACCCACUAUUUAGGAUGUUUUCCCUGAUUAUUUGCUUUGAUAAUAAAGAUUGAAUUUGU